AGAAGAAGGAUGAACAAAAUAACAUUAUCGAUGCGACGCAGCGUUUGCCAUAGUUGGUCGAUCAAGGCGCUCGUUGGCGCUAUUAACGGCUGAAGGGAAAGUCACCUGCCUUGAUCUCGCACAAUAUCCCCCGCGCGCAUAUUUCUGCGAAUUUCUGUGGUGAUUUGUUUUACAUACAUACAUGCGCGAAACGCGACACAGGUGUUAACAUGUCAGAUUUUAUAGAAAAUCAAGUUCAGUCACUGCUCGCUGGGCAAGGGUUGGAAAGCGACACAUAUAACAUACAUGUUCUCGCAAGCGACGCAGCAGGUGGAAAAUCGGGUCAGUUAACGACUUACGUUCCCAUUUGCAUGAAGACGGUAACUUACAUAGUAGCCGCCGUCGUGAUAAAUGAUCGAGGCGAGGUGUUGAUGAUGCAAGAAGCGAAGGCUUCAUGCACCGGGAAGUGGUAUUUACCCGCCGGCAGAGUGGAGAAACACGAGGAUCUCGUGAGCGCUGUUAAGAGAGAAGUUUUGGAAGAGACGGGUCUGGUGAUAGUGCCGACCACUCUGAUACUGGUCGAAUGCGCAAACGGCACGUGGUUUCGUUUCGUGUUCACCGGUGAUAUAAUAGGCGGAACUCUGAAAACACCUGAUCAGGCAAACGAGGAGUCUCUUCAGGCCUGUUGGGUGCGAAACAUAAACGACUUGCCACUGAGAUCUAAUGAUAUAAUAUAUCUUCUCGACAGAGGCAAGAAUUACGUUUCCAAUAAGAUUUCUCAGCAUCCUCAGUUGAUGCCCACAAGCAAAUCACACGCGAAGCUACUGUUGAGAUUAAUUGUCACGUCUAAGAAGAGAGCGACAAACAGACUACACGUAGUUAUAUCGGACAGUGAGCGAUGUAACCCACCAAUUUGUGAGAUUAGUCCAAAUCACAAUUUACUGUCCACUCUGCAUAGCUUUAUGACAGAAAUAUUUGGAAAUGAUGUGGCGCCACACAAGCCGCAUGGUUUGUUGUCCGUAGAAUUUAGCGGUGGGCAAGGUGGAGAUGGUCUGUGCUUAACAUUGCUAGUGUCCUUCAAAUUGCCCCUGGAAGACGUGCCCAUAAUCGGAAAAUACUUGUGGCACGAACUUUCGGAAAACAUAGCGGAAACUCUCGCAUCUCGUUUGCCGCGAAACAUGACAGUCCCUCUAAAGGUUGUACGUUAAUAUUGUGUAAAAAUUAUUGUUUUGUUGAGCGAGUAGAUAUUUAUUUUGUGAAAAAAAAAAAACCAUAUUGGAGUGUCGCAGAAAAACAAAUGUGUUUAUUAUAGGAAAUAUCAUAUGAUAUAACGGUAUAGGUACUAGUCUACACCAAUGAACAAAUAACCGACAUUAAAUAAUUGCAACAAACUAUAACAUUCCAUAUUUAUACAUAUACAUAUAUAUAUAUCUUAAUAUUACUAAUUGAGAUUAGAGUAUUAAUUUUACAAUAAUAUUAGAGAGGAUCUAGUUUCUCAACUCGAAACUCAUUGAAAUCCAUUCCAUUUUAAAGAAAAAAUUUAUAUAAAGUUAUUAUCAAAUGUUGAGUAGUGGUAAGUCUAUUGACAACAAGAUAUUUUUAUAUUUUUACUAGAGAAUAGAGAUUUCGCAGAGAAAGAGAGAUUUAUAUAUACACAUAAAUAU